UUUUUUUUUUUUUUGGGGGCCAGAACGAUCCUCGCGCUUGAUAAAGGACGGAUUCGGGAAUUUUUCCCGCCCAUUUUCUUGUGUUGCAAAUCAUGCCUCCGAAGUCCGAUAAUUCUGAGGCCAUCGUAUUUAACUUCGUGAAUGAGCAAAAUAGGCCGUUAAACGCUCAAAAUGUGGCCGACGCAUUGCAGAAGUUCAACCUCAAGAAGUCGGUCGUACAGAAAGCACUUGAUGCUCUUGCUGACAGUGGUCGAAUUUCAUUCAAGGAGUAUGGUAAGCAGAAGAUAUACCUUGCCCGGCAAGAUCAAUUCAGUAUUCCAAAUAAUGAAGAGCUGAAUAAGAUGAAGGAACAGAAUGCCGACCUGCAAAAACAGCUAGAAGAACAGAAAAAGGCUAUUGGCAAGAUUGAAGGAGAAAUCAAAACAUUGCAAUCAAAUUUAACACUGGAACAAAUCCGUGGAAGAGAAGCAAAACUGAGAAAUGAGAUUGAAGAAAUGGAGAACAAACUGGCUAAGUUGCGUGGAGGUGUAACUCUGGUGAAUCCAGAAGAACGCAAGGCAGUUGAGGAGACCUUCUCAGAGAAAUUCAGUCAGUGGAGAAAACGAAAGAGAAUCUUCAAGGAUUUAUGGGACACCCUGACUGAGAACUCACCUAAGGAUCCCAAAGAAUUCAAGGAAGAGCUUGGACUAGAAUAUGAUGAAGAUGUCUGUGUGAAUUUGCAGUCAUAUAGUGAACUGUUGCAACGUGGUAAGAAGCGACCAAGGGGGCAGUAAAAUAUAUACACACAGAUACCAGAAUUCUAUCCUUGCCUUUUUGACAAAUUAGGGGCAUUAAUUCUUGGUGUCUUUCCUCACAGAACAUGAUUACAUAUUACACGUAGCCUGUAUUAAGUUUAAUCCAGAUCAAGUGUUAGGUUUAUUGGCCGUCAAUUUCAAGCAUUGCUCACUGGAGCAUAGCUUCAUAAAACAGUGCAAAGUGAUUGUUUACAUUUCUCUUCAGAGCCUUACAUUAGUCUCAUGUAUAGCAUACUACUAUACGUGGAUGAUAAAGCAUUUUGCCACAUGA